AUGGAGAACAAACUGGUCAACACCAACCCGACUAUCCAGGUGGACUCGGCCCACUUUGAACCGUUGGGCACUUGGACGUCGGACAAACUCAAUGCCAGUCGAGCGGCCAAUCCGUUCUUGAUGACAUGGGUUCCCGGAUCCGCACGGAACAAUGUCAUGAAUGUCACACACGGCGAAGGCGUUUACUUGUAUGACGACAAGGGCAAACAAUACUUGGAUUGGACGUCGCAGGCUGUUUGUGCCAAUCUCGGACACGAUGUACCUCGCGCCGUAAUCGAAACGGCGGCACAGCAAAUGGCCACACUGCCGUUUGUCUAUGGCGGUGUCGGUGUCACGGAGAUUCGUACUCGUAUGAAUCAACUCAUGGCCGAAGUCUUGCCGGGAGAUUUGCGAGCGGCCGUCUUUCCCUCGUCUGGAGCCGAAGCCAAUGAAGCUGGUAUUAUGAUGGCACGACGAUUCACAGGACGACCCAAAGUCAUUAGUUGGUAUCGAUCCUAUCAUGGAGCUACCGCUCAUGCCGGUGCUGCCACGGGAGAUUUCCGACGAUGGUAUGGAAGUGAUCAAGUGCCGGGAUAUGUCAAGGCGUUCAAUCCGUUUCCACUCUUUUUCAAUCACGGUGGAAACAAUGCGACCGAAGAAGAAUCUGUUCAGGCGGCAUUGAACAUGUUGGAAGAACAAAUUCUCAAUGAAGGACCCGAUCAAAUUGCUUCCAUCAUGAUGGAAUCUGUGGUGGGUGCCGGUGGUUGUCUGGUCAUGCCCGAGGGAUACAUGCAAGGCAUUCGAGCCAUUUGCGACGAAUACGGAAUCUUGAUGCAUUGCGAUGAAGUCAUGGUCGGAUUUGGACGUACGGGACAAAUGUUUGGAUUCCAAAACUACGAAGGUGUCUUGCCCGAUAUCGUUUCGGCCGCCAAGGGAAUCUCGGGAGCUGCCAUUCCACUCUCCAUGACGGCCUGUUCCGAAGAGAUUAUGCAAUUCUUUGACGACAAACCACUCGGUUGGGGAUCCACCUACCAGGCUCAUCCCGUGGCCAUUGCGGUUGCAUACGAAAAUGUCAAACACUUGCUACAGCACAACAUUGUGGGACGAGUGCAACAAAUGGCUCCUCUCUUUGAAGAAUGCAUGCAACGAUUGGCCAAUGAUCAUCCCUGUAUCAAACAGUACCGUGCCAUUGGAAUGUUUGGUUGUCUGGAUGUCAAGGAUAUGGAUGGACGCAACCCCAAGUUGCAACACGAAGCCGCUCAUGAAGCAUUCAACAAGUACAAGAAAGCAUACGCCGAGAAUGGAUUGGUCGGAUUGCACCGAUACCCACACAUUCACUGUGCUCCUCCUCUCAUUAUUACAGAAGACGAACUCUUGGAUGGUUUUGACCGAUUGGAUCGUUCUCUCACUGUCCUUGAUGAAGCUUUGGGAUACUAUGAUGACGAGCAUAGAGACGACAACCAAGUGGCUGCUGCGGGACGAUGA